AUGGCCGGUCGCAAGAGAAACUCCAAUAUUUGGGUUGUCAACUCAAAAAAAAAAGGGUACUUCGGGCGGCCACAUUUCGCACGCUUGAAGAACUUCAAUCAAACAGGGGCCGACGCGACCGAGCUGCGAGAGGUUUCGAGAAAGCUGCCAGGCGAAACUUGGAUCGAGAAACCUUGGGACAUCUCCACAGAUUCUGAUUUCGUAUCUCUUCAGCAGAUACGCGACAUUUAUGCCGCCGAAUCCGACGUACCCAAAAAUGAGAAUACCGCGCACUCUGAAGAGGGUUUCCUUGAAGAAGCCCAGGAUCAACAUCAAAUGACCCAGAGGAAGGGCCUGGCAGCGGACUAUGUACCUCUGGUAGACGCAGCCGACGGAGCCCUCAGGGCUCUACUGGAAUCUAGCCCUAGUCUCGAUGACAGGGUCGCUGAGCUCAGCAUUGAAGCUUCAACAGUCUUGGCUGAUGCCAGGGCACUCCAAAUCAGAGUCAAAGAACUUAUAGCCAGACGGGACGACAUCGUCACCAAACUUGCAGAUCUUGACAAUACUGGUACCGCAUUGCAAUCGCCUGUCGCACGGGUAACACAGGCUCUGCGCGAAGAACCUCAUUCGAUGUUCACACUUGAAGGUCUGGCAAUGACCAAACACAAGGGAUCCGGUGAUCUCAGCAAUGCGAAACCCAUGAAGCGCGUAAAGCCAAUUCGUGCCUUUGCAGGCGGCUAG